UUCCCAGAAGCCAACAGUGCUAUGGUAGCUAGCAAAAGCCCACGGCUACAGAAAUGAAAUGAUUAAGUGUAACAUACGCAGCUAGACAGUUCUCCGAGUAUAGCUACAUAACCUUACGUUUUAAAUGUAUUAAUGUUCGUUUCAACGAAGGACGCACACAAUGAACCGUUUUAAUUCCACCGCUCCCGUUGACGAAUAUCUCGCGGACAGCAAUGUGUUGUUUUACCUGAAUGAUGCCGUGACCCAGCUGCUGGAACAUAAAGAGGAAUACAUCCAGUUUGGGGUGAUACGCUACUUUGCUGAAUAUUUCAGCAGUGUGAAGAACAGUAACCACAUCCUCUUUAGAGAGUAUAGCUAUAUCAGGGCCACUCCUCAUAAUAGAGUCUCCUUCAUCAGAGUCUUCUGGAGAUGCUUCAGACAGAUCGGCAAGAGUGGAGACUUACUGUCCGUGCUGGAGUUCCGGUCUCUACUGCAGUUAUUGUGUCCAGACUUCCCCAUGGAGUUGGUGCAGAAUGCAGCCAGAAUUGCUCUGAUGGACGACGCCAUAGAUUGUCUGAUGUCUUUUUCUGAUUUUCUUUAUGCCUUCCAGCUGCAGUUCUACUACCAAGAGUUCCUGGACAGCGUGCUGGUGAUCUACCACGAUCUGUUAUCAGGGAAGAGUCCUAACACUGUGAUUGUCCCCACGUCCACCUCCAUUGAGCAGCUCCCCUCUGUGACUGCAGAGGACAACGACAAGGAGGAGCAGCAGCAGGACGGGGUGGAGCCGUCCACCCUGGCUCAGUGUAUAGACGCCCUCUGUGACAGGUUCAAACACAGUCAUCCCCCCAGGUCCUGUAUGAGGGAAGCACUGGAACAGACGGACAAAGUCUCUUACUACAGCUUCCUAAUGAGCCUGGCUAAACAUGAGACAGUCAACCAAACUAUUGGAGCAUUACCCAGCAAGGCAGACUUGCUCAUUGACCCAGAGAUGGACCAGGAACUGGACAAACUAAUCGCUCAGAUCUCAGUGAGUCCUAGCAGCAACAGCAGUGGCAGUGCAGUGGGGGGGCUGAAGGAGGUGCAGAGGAAGGCCUCCCCGAGGAGGAACAUCCACCACAGGAGGAAGAUGGAGGUGGAAAGCGACGGCUCCACGGAAGAGACGGACUCCUCUGAAAACUGACCUCUGCUGUGUGGUCACGAUGAUGUGCAAGUCCCGUGUCUGCACAUGGUCAUGUGACAUGCGGCUACACUGCAGUGUGUUUUGAACUUUACUGUGAUCUCUCCAAACAAUGUUUGUGUUCCCAUCAGUAUUGGUUGGCUUUUUUCUGUAGCUGGUAAUAAAUAUAUAACUGAGUUUAGUAUCAGCACACUAGAGUUAAUACUCAAUACAAUCUUCCCUGUAAUUCUGUUGUCAUGUUGGAGAGGCCACUGAACAACAUGAAAUGCCAAAACUCCCCAAAACUUAACUAAUAAAGUUGUUGUAGGAACUGUAAAA